AAGAAAGAAGAGCAAUAUUUGGAAACAAAUGGAUAAUGAAUAUGUGGCCAAUAUUUGCAAAUGAAUGCAUUAUCUGAAUGUGAGGCCACUACUUGCAUAUAUGGAAAAGGGAAUACCACACUGAAUCAAUAACGGAGAAUUCACACUCGAGCAGCUAGCAUCAGUGGCUAACUCAUCACACGCCUGGUUAAAUACAUAGGAAAAGAAGAUGCAUUUGUUUCACACAGAAGAGAAGCAAUUAAACACUUGGAAAUGAAGGACAGUGCAUAAAUUUGCUGUACCAGAAGGUGGCGAGUUUGCAAGAUUGUGAUAAUUUGCAAUAGAUAUAGAUAGCAGGGAAUCAAUUGGAUAUAUGCAGUGGUCUCAAUCAUUUAGGCAAGGGGAUAGUUCCUAGAACGAUGGAGUUAAGAUCAUUGACAUUGCAACCCAACUUGACACAGUUGUUACCAACACUCACAUGUUGUGUCAAACCUUCUUUCCAGCAUUUACACCAAAAGGAACUUUCACUGAAAAUCAGUAGAAGGUUGGUGGCUUUGGCAGCUGUAACUUCCUUGAUUUUGGGUGGAGAAGGCAAUUUUAUGACUCAAAGUGCAAAUGCAUUUGACUUUAGAUUUGUGGCCCCAGGUCAAACAAUUGAAGAGGCAUUGAGUGGAGUUAAGGAUCAUGCACAAGAUUUGUUACAAGUUAGAGAACUAUUAGAGUCUGAGUCAUGGAAAGCAGCUCAAAAGACAUUGAGACAAAGCUCAGCACUCUUGAAAAAGGAUAUAUAUACAAUAAUCCAAAACAAGCCUGGAAUUGAGAGGCCCCCACUAAGGAAGCUCUAUUCUACUCUCUUCAACAAUGUAACUAGACUAGAUUAUGCAGCAAGAGAUAAAGAUGGACCACAAGUCUGGCAGUGUUAUGAGAACAUUGUUGUAGCUGUAUAUGACAUUCUAUCCAGAAUAUAACUUUCCCUAUCCUUUUAUGUCAAUAGCUGCCAAAAUUUGCUUGUUUCAAGAAAUGAUGAAGUAGUCAAAGGUGUGGACUCAAGUAGUUGAACCAAAAAGGGAGCCUAUCAAAGAGAUCAUGAGUUUGAUCAUGAAGAGUUAGCUUAAAAAGUUGAAUGUUUAAUAAUUUUUUAUAGCAGAAUGAUUCUCAGCCUCAGUGCUAACAAAAAAAUAAAAUAAUUGAACAAAAGUAACAUUUUAGUUUUGGUACAACAGAAUUUAGGAUGAUAUUUUGAACUGUUCAAGCUCCAACUCUGAGAAUAAACUUUGAGAAGGUCAUGGCUCUGAUGAUGAAAGAAAGUUGUUCUGUUUGCUAACAUUCAAUAUCAGGUCUUAUUUAACAGGUGUAUUGUUUACUAAAUAAUUAUAUUCCUAGACUUGUCCUUGUCAAUUUGAGUUGAUGGGCACAAAAAAUGAAGUAAUUGGAAGGUGCGGUGCUUGUUGGAACUUUCGAAGCGAAGUUGAUAGAAUAAAAAUAGAUUG